UUUCGAUGUAAAUUUUCUGCUGAAUACAGUAAUAUGCUUUCUGUUUAUAGAUAAUUGGCCAAUGAUUAAGCUUGUUCUAUGCUGUUCGCUUGAUAUUUCUGCACUGUCUUCGCUUCUGCUGAAUUUUGGACGUUUUUCUUCAAUUUUACGUCUUAUUUUUUGAGUUUUUCUUCGUGUUUUUGUUUUUUGGAUUGUCGUCCGGUGGAGUUUUAUCUGUUGAAAUCGCCUAAUGUUUUAAGAGUUUUUUGUUUUUGGUUUUAGACUGGAAGGCUAUGUGUCUGCAUGUAUGAAUUUUGCGUGGAGUUAGUAUUCUGGAAUUAGUGCGGGAGGAGGAAAAUGUGAGAUGGAUGUUUGCAAAUGAACUGAAAUGGAGUAGAAUUUGAUAUAUAUUUUUUUAAAUUUUAUUGCUCGGUAUUUCGUAUAGUAUAAUAAUUGUAUACGCAUAGGCAUAGGUAUGACUGAGUAGGCUUGGUGAGCAUGCAUGAAUCUAGUAGAUGUCUGCGUGUGUGGUGUAUGUAGAAAUUAUUUGUGUAAAGAGACGUUUUAGCAGAGAAUUCAAGUAUUAAUUUAAUCCGUCUUUGUUUUGUGAUUGUGAAGAUUGAAGAGUACAGUGUGAGGUUUGGAAAUAAGCCUGGUGUGCUGUUAUGUUAUGGUAGUGAAAUGGGGAGUAAUUUGAACUUCGGUAAUGAGCCGCCUGGGAGUGGCGGAGGUAGUGGUGGUGGGGGAAGGUUUCCGGGGAAUUUUGGGCUAACAAGGCAGCCUUCAGUCUACUCAUUAACUUUUGAUGAGUUCCAGAGCAGCAUGGGUGGGAUUGGGAAGGAUUUUGGGUCAAUGAACAUGGAUGAGUUGCUGAAGAAUAUUUGGAGCGCAGAGGAGAAUCAGACUAUGGUACCCAGCAGUGGAGCACAAGAAGGGGGUGUGCCUGGCCCUGGGGGGUAUCUGCAGAGACAAGGGUCCUUGACACUUCCAAGGACUCUGAGCCAGAAGACUGUUGAUGAGGUCUGGAGGGAUAUGUCUAAGGUGUAUGAUAUUGGGAAGGAUGGAAGUGCUCUUGGGGCCUCAAAUAUUCCACAGAGGCAACCGACGUUAGGGGAGAUAACGCUCGAGGAGUUCUUGGUUAGAGCAGGAGUUGUGAGAGAGGAGGCACAGUUGGCUGCUGGAAAGGCUGCUGAGAGUGCUGCUCUUUUUGGCGAUUUAACGCACACUCUGAAUAAUUCUGGACUUGGAUUUGGAUUUCAGCAAGCUGGACAGAACACGGGAUUGAUGGUUAACAGGACCAAUGAAAGUAAGAGUGUAAUAGAAAUCCAAUCUCCUAGUAUGCCACUGAAUGUCAACGGCGCCAGAUCUGCCCAGCCUCAGCUUGGGACAGCACACUUGCAGCAGAAACAACACCAGCAACCUCUAUUCCCAAAGCAACCUGUUUUGCCGUAUGCUGUUCCCAUGGCAAUCCCGAAUACUAGCCCAUUAGGUAGUAAUGGAAUAAGGGGUGUGGCUAUGGGAACUUCUGAUCCAGCAAUGAAUGGUAGUAAUAAUGCUGUAAUGAAUGGUAGUUUUGUUCAAAGCCCUGCAUUGCAUGGUGGUGGGAUGGGUAUGGUAGGCUUGGGAGCUGGAGGGGUUAGUGUUGCUACACGAUCCCCUGCUGUUUCGUCAGAUGGGUUUGCAAAGAGUAACGGUGAUACAUCUUCCGUGUCACCAGUUCCUUUUGUGUUCAAUGGCAGUCUACGUGGCAGGAAAUCUAGUGCAAUUGAGAAGGUUGUUGAAAGAAGACAGAGGAGAAUGAUCAAAAAUAGAGAGUCAGCUGCAAGAUCAAGGGCUCGGAAGCAGGCUUACACCAUGGAAUUAGAAGCAGAAGUUGCAAAACUAAAAGAAGAAAACGAAGAACUACAGAAGAAACAGGCUGAGAUUAUGGAAAUGCAGAAAAAUAUGGCUCUAGAGAUGAUGAAUAAUAUUCAACAAGGAGCUAAAAGGCGAUGCCUUAGACGAACACAAACAGGUUUAUGGUAAAAGAAUGGGUUAGGCAUAUUGGCCAAGAUAGGAUGUUGCUGGAUGAAUAAUAUUCAACAAGGAGCUAAAAGGCGAUGCCUUAGAUGAACACAAACAGGUUUAUGGUAAAAGAAUGGGUUAGGCAUAUUGGCCAAGAUAGGAUGUUGCUGCUCAUAGAAACAGAGCGUUCUCACUGUAAAUUAGAUGAGUUUUGAGAUGUAUUUUAAAUUUUUAAUAGGCAGCAUCAUGCAUAAGUAGAGGCAGUAAAGUAGAAUGUGUAGUUGGUUAUAAAACCUAUACUCUUUCGUAGUGAUUACGGUUUAGUUUUUCAUAUGUUGACAGUUGACAGGCUAAAUAGUUACCAGCUUUUGAGUUUAGAAGCA